AUGUUAGUGACGAUAUCAAUCCAGGCCGAGGAGCUGAUUUGGCCUGACGAUCCUCUCCACGACUGUGUGAAUUCGGCCGGCCUGACUGGCCACCUGCAGUUGUCUACGGCCUCCAAACUCCAGGUUCAACAAGCCAUCUUAUGUCUGGACAUAUGGUUUGUCUUUCAUAACGGUAGCCCAACGAGAGACCAAUCCCUUCUGCCCCCUCGCCCUGAUGGUCGAGAGUCGAGGGCCACUUAA